AUGGGGAACCAGCAGGAAAAGAACCAGGACAUGGGCCUGUGUCUAUUCGAUCGAUUCAGCUUCUUUUCGUCAAAAAUACAGAAAGCUACCACUUCUUCCAGCUGGGAUGCGCUGUUCCCCGAUGGUGACCUAAGCAAUGUCUUUCUGGAAAAGCACAAAGGUCGUUCAGAACCAAACCAGCCUACCUGGUGGAUCGAUAUUCGGGACGCCACCGAAGAAGACGUCCAUACCGUCUCGCAGGCUUUGUCCAUUCACCCAUUGACGGCAGAGGAUAUUGCUAUCCGUGAGCCUCGAGAGAAGGUUGAUGUCUUCAAGAACUACUAUCUGAUCUCAUUCCAAACCCUUGUCUCCCAUUUUCCGGGCCAGGAGGAACGACAGAGCAUCCCUGCUUCGGCUGUACUGUACAUUCUCGUCUUCCAGUAUGGGGUAGUCACUUUCUCACCCAGUGAAAGCCGACAUAUGAACAGGGUAAGAGACCGGAUCCAAAGAAUGCAUGACCCCUCUAUCCUGACAAGUGACUGGGUCUGCUAUGCAAUGAUAGACGACAUUAUUGAUAGCUUCGAGCCAUUUGCCCGGGCCGCAGAGCGCGAGUCCGAGGCGAUCGAGGACCAGGUAUUCACUAUACGCAUCGACGACGCCAAAACGCUCAUCCCACAGGUUGACGUCCUCCGCAAGAGAAUCGCCCACAUCACCCGCUGCCUGAAUGGCAAUAACGAUGUCUUGAGCGGUUACGUGAAACGCUGCCAGGCUCCGGAUAAGUAUCCUGUCUUUCCAGACGGCGAGCUGCUUCUCUAUCUUGGCGAUGUUCAAGACCAUAUAAUCACAAACCUAUCGACACUGGGACAUAUUGAUGAAAUUAUUGGCCGGUCCCAGGCAAACUACUUAGCCCAGAUAAGCGCUACCAAUAUCCGAUUUAGCUUGACCAUCAGCUCGGGCUUGAGCAAAAUCACUCUCCUCGCAACUGUCUUCGUUCCAUGCCAUCUGGUGACGGGUUUAUUCGGAAUGAACGUUUCAGUACCAGGAGAGGCAGUCCCAGGAGAGGCAGUCCCAGGAGAGCACUAUCGUGAUUUGUCAUGGUUUUUGGGCAUUGUUGGCUGCUUUGCGGCAUUUAUUGUUGUUUCCAUAUCCAUGGCAGUCAAGUACAGACUUCUUUAG